AUGGGCGACGUCGCGCAGAUCUUAGGGCUCGCGAGCGCGAAAUCCGGCGCCAAUGGAGCCGCUGUCGCUGACCUAAGUCAACUGAAGCCAUCAGGCGCGUCAUCGUCCAUGCGCAAUAAGCUCAACAGCAGCGCUAGCAAGCAGAAGAAGCUCACGGGGAUGCAGCGUGAGGUGCUCGAGCUGCUCAAGAGUAAUCAUCGCGCGAGUCACGCUUUGUACCAGGGAUUUGGCAAGACGAGUCUCAAGCAGAAGUGGCAGGAGCGAAAGACGUCGCCAGCAACCAAGUGGCUCCGCAAGUGCUUUCGGAAUCCAGCGAGGGCGUCUCUCGCAGGUGAGACGACAGACGACGGACUCGUGCUCUCUCAUUGGGCAAAAGCUCAUGUGGAGCCGUCGGGCAACUAUGUGUUUGCGAGAUUUGACGUCAAAAGUGAGACGACGAGUUACACGGAAGAGGAGUAUGAGGCUGUGCUGGCGCAUCAUGAGGACCCGAUGAUGAAGUGGACAAAAGAGGAGACGGAUGUGCUGCUGAAAUUGUGCCAGCGCUUUGAUCUGCGGUGGGUCGUGAUAUUGGACAAGUACAAUUCAAGUGCCGUCGCGCGAUCAGCAGUGCGAUCGAUUGAAGACAUUAGGUACCGGUACUAUGAGGUGACGCGAUUGCUGGCCGAGUUCAGAGACAAAAAGAUGAGAGGCGAGCUUGAAAAGAGGACUCCCGUGUCCUGUCCACCUGCAGCGUCUACGCUGAGUGUUGAAGCUGCGCCUAGCUCGAGCGUAAGCUUGCCUGGAGCAGUCACCCCAAGUGGUGCUGCUUUUUGUAUCAAAACUGAGCCUAGAACUGCGCCGUCGACACCAGUGGCUUUUGUGUCGACCCCUACGUCGUCGGAAUACUACCGGUUUAAUAUUGCGUAUGAAAAACAGCGCAAGCAACAGCUCGAUCUCACAUUCACUCGUUCAAUCGCAGAAGAGAACGAAAUUCGCCGUUUGAACGACGAGUUGCGUGGUGUGGAACAGCAACUCAAGAAGGUGGCAGCAAAGACGGACCCAAAGAAGAAGAAGGAGCUUGCCGACGUACCUUACGAGAUCAAACGCGCGCUGCCCACUGGUGUCAUCUUGCGGAGCUCGUUGUUGGCGCUUCCGCAACAGAAGCAUGCGCUGAGCGCAAAGCUUUUGAAAAAGCUUCAGCUAUUGCUAGAUGAAAUGGGUGUGCCAGCGCGUCCUAUGCCUACAAAGCCGGUAUGUGAAACAUUUGACAAGUUGCGGCAGGAUGCUGUUGGUCUUCUGUCACUACGAAAGCACCUCAAGAGCAAAGAAAACGAGGUGCGGGCACUACGCGAGCGUUAUCAUGCGCUUACUGGUCAGGAGUACAAACCGGUCACAACUCCUGUCACGGUAUCUGAUCGACCGGGCGAUGUAGCAUCGAGUGCUAGUGGCAACCCUGUAACUUUAUCUGCCAACCAUUCACAGAACACAAUGAGCAAGGGCAAAACGCCAAAGUACUCGGACAAGGCAAUCCGUGCAGCCAAGCGUCGCAAUUCGAGUGGCCAUCCUGUUCUGUCCGCCAAACGCAACAAGAAAGCCCCUUACUGA